UCCUUCACAUACACAAUGCAUAUUCCUCAACAAGCUGUGUACCUGUACUACUGCAACUGGACUAUGGAGAUCAAUGAGAUUGUACUAACCACUAUCACCAAGCUGAAAAGGGAGACCCAAUGGAAGUUUGAUGAUUUUCCAAAUUAGUUUAUGGAGAAGGCGCAGCACGCAGUGCAGACUAAAACCAGCAUUAUGCUGACCGAGGUGGACAUCAAACAACGUCUCGACUUCCUGAAGCAGAGGUACACCACCUUCAAGGCGGUCGUGGGGAACAAAGGCGCAUCAUAUGACGUGGUGGAUAAGGUUGUGCGUGCGUCUGAUGUGAUCUGGGAGGCAAUUCUGAAGAAAACUCCAUUGGCGGCAGCUUACUACCACCGAGAUGAUCCCCACUUCCCGCUGUUGGCAUGCUUGUACGGAAUGGACGAUGUCAAGGAAGAGAAAGAUGUUUCUGUGAUAGUGCUAUCUGACUGCACCGAGGAGAUCCCUACUGAUGAACCGUCGUGUUACGAGGUUAGUGGCUUCGAAGCAGAGGUGAACUCGCCGGCUAUGUUACCCCCUCAAACGGUUCGACGUAAACUAUUUCCUGAAGAUGUCGCACCUCCACUUGAUCAGGAGUCAACCAAUGACGUGGGCAUGUAUUUCAUAGACAUUGGCCCAGAUGGGAGGCUGGUAACUCGCCUUGAGAGUACCCGGGUUUUGCCAAGGCCAGCUGCCGCGAAGACAGAUGACGCUGGUCCCUCUACUCGAUCCCCCAAUGUGAGUUCCGUUGCGUCCAACUCGCCUCUCGGAUGGUGGCCUCACAACAUCAAGCGUCCCAAUUUCUAACUAAGUCAUAUAGUGAUGAAAAGGUCCUAAACUCUGCUAUGCUAGAAUAUAUAGUAAUGCCAUGGAUUUGCAUCUCAUUUUGCCGGACCUACGUUUUGGGAGGUGGAAAAAAAUCCAUAGUAUUGUAAUAGGUAGAGCACCGUGUUUUGGUUUGAUGUACGGAGUCGUUCCUCCACCUUGGUCAUGCUCUGUUAUGAACUAAAAAUAUGUAUAUUAGGUAAUGUUGGUGCUCUGUUUAUGAACUAAAAUUAUGUAUUAGGUGAUGUUUAUGUAUUCACUUCAUGACUGCAGAUGUCUGUUAUAGCUAAAGCAGCUUUCAAACCAUUUGUACAUUCGUCGAGUAGUAUGAAGUAGGGACGAUGUUUG